UUCAACGUCGACUUAUUUUGACGCUUCCCCUGUAAGCACCCCAACCAUUCAGAUAAUUUGCUGGGGAUCAUGUGAUCUCUUGUACAAGAGAACCCAAAGUUCCCAUGAUUCCACCCUCGCCUUGAUGCGGUUAUUUACAUGAAGAAUUAUAAUAUCUGGUUACUUCGUAAUCUCUGUUCACCGGAUGGUUCAUGGCACCUGGAUCAGGCCUCAACAUUUUAGGUCUUGUAUUAGCUUCCUGGGCUUCAGAAACUGCCUUUGGACAAGGUUGUUCAUUUCUUCCACAAGAAAUUUUUGUCUCUAAAUGGUACAAUAAAACUGUCACAAGUCCUGGCUAUCCAUCUAAUUACAAUUUUAACUUGGAAUGUUCAUGGCUGUUUCAAGCUAACUACCCUGGUUACAUAGUUAAGGUGACAUUUAAUGACUUUCAAGUUGGACAGAAUUCCUUUGGAUCUUGUUUUGACGACAAGUUGAGCUUUUAUGAUGGUAACAGCACUGGGUCUAAUUUCCUUGGGUUCUUCUGUGGAAAAGUGCAUCCUGAGGUUAUUUAUUCAACUGGGCAUCACCUGUAUGUCAAGUUAUUGUCUGACAAUAUUAAAAGAAGGGAGCGUUUCAGUUUGAGUGUUUCAGCUGUUUUGAAAGAGGAAGCCGCUGGAGUAUGUCGGAAAACAUCUGGAGGCUCAAAUAAUGAUGUCAUGCAGCUCAGUGGCCCUUCUGGAACAAUAUUCAGUCCUUAUUAUCCAUAUCCAUAUCCAAGUGAUUCCAAGUGCAUCUGGGUGAUCUCCGUUCCCUCUGGAAAAAUAGUGAAGUUGACGUUCCAAGACUAUGACCUCGGAACACGCUUCACCCACUGUAGAGAUGUUUCUGAGGAAGAAGACUUCGUGGAGAUUCGUGACGGGAAGGACUCUUCGAGUAAAGAGCUUGUUUUCUAUUGUGGAUAUCACACGUUGGAGAAUCUAGUAGAUCUUUAUUCGACAGGAAAUCACAUGAGGGUUACGUUUUCCUCCACGUCAUUUGCCCUUGGAACGAAAAAAGGAUUUAAAGCACGUUACGAAGUUUCAGAGCCCUCCUCCACUGCUAAUUCAAAGGAGAAGUGUUACUAUGGGAACGCCAACAAUGAAAAACUGAGUUUGAGUGGAACAUAUGGAACCCUAGAAAGUCCAAAGGAAGGUUCUUCAUACCCACCAAAUAUGAGAUGUGAUUGGCUGAUCACUGUGCCAGAGGGAAAGAUUGUAAAGCUCAGCUUUUAUGAAUUUCAGCUGGAAUCUGACUACGGAUCAUGCAGUGAAGAUUAUGUAGAGGUUCGUGACGGGAAAGAAAGUUACAGCACAAGUAAAGGGAAAUUCUGUGGUCUUUCAACGCCAGCGGACAUUCUCUCAAGCGGACGGUACAUGAGGGUGAGUUUCAGAUCCGACUCCGAUUCUACGUUUUACGAUGGCUUCAAGGCUACAUUCACAGCAGAAGAGAAAAAAAAGUUAUCUUCGCUUAGUGUGUUCGCCAUUGUCUUUUCGGUUGUCUUCGUCAUCUGCACUUGUGGUCUGGUAUGUGUUUUAAAAUGCAGGAAGACCAGACGGAAUCAAUCCGCGGCUGCCAGGAUUUCAAUGGCGACACAAACUACCGCCUCGAUGUCUCAGACCAUACACUCAGGUGUGAUUCACCAUCCAACCCCAUUUCAGCAACCGGCAAGCCAACCUCCUUUCCAAUCGGCAUCAAAUCCUUACCCACCCCCUCCUGUGCUUUUUGCUCCUGCGCCGUCUAACGCGCAUCCACCACCCUCAGGGUACCCGUAUCCAUUGCAGCCACCACCACCGUACCCUGGGGAGGAACAAGUUCCUCAGUAUCCACCUCCAGGUCAGUCGUACCCAUGGCAACAGAGUACACAAGUAGAACCGUCCGCGCCCCGUUGUUCAGUUUAUCCACAAGAAAUUGUUGCCUUCACAAGGCAAAGUUCGACUAUCACAAGUCCUGGCUAUCCAUCCUAUUACACCUAUUACUUGGACUGUACUCGACAUAUCCAAGCUGAUCUCAUUGGUGCUAUAGUGAAGGUGACAUUUAACGACUUUCAGGUCAAACAGGGACUUUUUGGAUAUUUUUCUGAUGAUAGGUUGGACUUUUAUGACGGUAACAGCACUGUGUCCAAUCUCCUUGGGUCCUAUUGUUGA